AGAAAGUGUUCAAAUUAUGGCUGCUGAUGCCGCUAUGGAUACGACCUGCCCGAGUCCCGAACUAGGGGAUUCCCGCAAAAGGCCCCUCGACGAUGGCACCGAUGAUGGAACCUCCAAACGCUCACAUUUCAGCACCAACGGAUAAGAAACAAAAUAUUAGCCUAGAACAUAAACCACAAAACAAGAAAAUCUGAAAAGAAAACAGUAACAUGGUUUAAAAAGGCAACGCAACUUCCCCUCAAAAAUAACUAAAUAAAUGCGGAAGCGUGCGUUCCAAAGUCACGAUAUAUACCACAAUCCAGUUUAAUCAUUCCGAAAUAUUGCUCGAGGUUCUAAGUUUUAGGAAGCAAAUGGUGACAGUGUGUGAGUGGGUCAAUUUUUCAACCACUAUCAUUACUUCCACAACAAGUACUAAUUCUGUAAAGACGACAACGACAAUACAGCGUUGCACGGAUAACAACAACAACAACACGACAAACGGAACGUCAAAACCAUCUGUCAUCGGGUUAAUCGUCGCCUUGUAAAUAACCGGAUACAAUUAUUAACUAGCAUCAUUAGAUACGUCGGAUACGUCCAGUAAUCACCUAGCAUUCAACGUUCGUUCCAAUUCGCCAAUUGCCAUAACCGCGCAGCGAAAGCACGGGAAAAUUUGUUGAAUGUCACUCAGUAGUACCGUACCGGUUUGUUGAGGCAUAAGCCACAAAAAACGCAAAUCAAAAAUAAGUGCAAUUACAGUGUGUUUCAUGAGAAUAAUCAAAACCCAAACAUAAAGUUCUUCAGAAAGCAUAACACGUGCUCCAUUCACGAUCGUUCUUACUAUCAUUCUGCGUCAUCCGUGCACGUGUAAAAGGCCGUUCUACACAAAGGAUUUCCAAUGUUAAAUAGCCAACAAUCACCAGCAGCCUCACAGCAGCAGCAGCAGCAACAGCAGCAGACGCCAAACAAUCGUUCACCGGAUCAGAACAGUAGCAGCCACAGCUAUUUCAUUUUCGAUGACCUGAGUUCGGCUCUGGCAGCCGAGCGAAACAACAACUCCGCUUCGAAAAGUAGCGCCCAAAAUCUGGUCCUGGCGGCCGCCAGCAAUAAUGAUAGCAUCAUUGCCAAGAUUAACCAGAUCAACAGUACGCAUCAUAGCGCAAGCACAGGAGUUAACCGUGUUGGAAAAACCGGAACCGGGACUGGGCUAUCCUCACCGUCGUCAACUAUCGGUGGUGCCUCAUCGCAAACCUCUGUCUCGUCCGUGUCGUCGUCCAGUGGUACCGGUGGAGUCAUGUCCCAGCAACAACAGGCCCAACAUCACCAAAUUAUGUCUGCUCUGGCCCAGCAGAAAUCCCCAUUCAGCCAACGCUACCCAUAUGGCAACACUGCCGGCAGCAACAGCGGUGGCACCAGCACCGUCACCAGUGCUGCCAGUCAAGCAUUCCAGCACCAACAGAGUUCAUUCUCGCAGUUUGGACCAUUCGGUCAAUCUCCAGCCGCCACACUGCUCCAGCAAACGCAGCAAUCAUCCUCCCUCCACCAGAAAACCGGUUUCGGUAAGUCUUCAGAUGUCAAUAUGAUAUCCUGUAUCAGCCAAUCGAACCCACAGUUCAACUUGCAAGCAACUGGAACCACCACAACAACGACCACAACCAAUGGAGGGAGCGGCGUCGGUAUGGGCGGUGGCGACAAUUACCACUUUAAAACCCUCGUCCCAUCGGUGGCCGCCGGUGCCAUCAUCGGAAAGGGUGGCGAAACCAUCGCCUCCCUCCAGAAGGAUGCCGGAGCGCGGGUGAAGAUGUCCAAGGCACAUGAUUUCUAUCCAGGAACAUCCGAACGAGUCUGUCUCAUUAGCGGCACAGUCGAAGGUAUAUUGACUGUGCUCGAUUUUAUCAUUGAUAAGAUUCGCGAGAAACCCGACAUGACCAAGGCGCUAACCGAAGCCGACGCCAAGCAGGCGGCUGAGCGCGACAAGCAGGUUAAGAUCCUCGUGCCCAACUCGACGGCCGGUAUGAUCAUCGGUAAGGCGGGAGCCUACAUUAAACAGAUCAAGGAGGAAUCGGGCUCGUACGUACAGAUCUCGCAAAAACCGAAAGAGCUCACACUGCAGGAACGCUGCAUUACCAUUAUCGGCGAGAAGGAGAACAACAAGAUUGCAUGCAAGAUGAUCCUGGCGAAAAUCGUCGAAGAUCCCUCAUCCGGCUCAUGCUUGAACGUAUCAUACGCAGACAUCAACGGACCGGUGGCCAAUUUCAACCCCACUGGUUCGCCAUUUGCCGCCUCACAGAAUCCCACAUUCAGCUCCAGUACCGCAUCAUUAAAUUCCGCACUGGGUGGCGCAAUGCCCGGGGCUUCCACGGCCGGUUUACUGGUCAACGGCACCGGACUGAAUCUGUCAUUAAAUCUAGGUGCACCUUCACCACAAACUAAUCCUACAGUUACCACACAAUUGCUUGAACAUAUUAAGGGUGCCAUGAGACAGUCCGGCUACUCGGACACCGCAACAUCUGAGGUUCACGCAGCGCUAGCCGUCCUCGCCAAGUACGGAGUGCUGGGCAUCGGUGUUGGCCUCCAGAACGGAACCCACACCACGCCACUGAGCUUCCUGGGUGUUUCUGAACUGCAACAGUCUUCAGCAGCGGCAGCUGCUGCCACUGCAGCCACCGGUGUGUACGGCGCUGUGGGACAGCUGAAUCUGGACUCAUACCUGCAUGGCGCCGGCACCGCGACACCCCGCACCUCGCUUGAACGCUACGACGCUACCUUCGAUCCGUUCCGACAUCCGGGCACGCAAGCGGCCACACCGAUGUCGAUCAACAACAACGCCUUCGGGUUGACCAGUGCCACCGCACUGAAUGCAGCCGCCGCCGCCGCCCAAUCGAUGGGUUCGCUUAGCAAGAGCCCAACACCGGCUGAAACGAACAGCAAUAAGGAGAAGAACGUCGAGAUCCCAGAGGUGAUCGUUGGUGCUAUCCUAGGUCCCGCCGGUCGCAGCUUGGUCGAAAUCCAGCACCUGUCCGGUGCCAACAUCCAGAUCUCGAAGAAGGGUAUCUUCGCGCCAGGCACCCGCAACCGCAUUGUCACCAUCACCGGCGGCCCGAACGCGAUCAACGUCGCCCAGUAUCUGAUCGAGCAGCGCAUCCAGGAGGAGGAAGCGAAGCGGGCCUGCUGUCAAACGAGCACGGCGAGUGCUGGUAAAACCGCCGGUGCCAGCGCGGCCGCUGUUACGCAGUAAACACAGCAGCAAAGCCAGCAUGCAAGCAAGCAAAAAACAAAAGAACAAAGCCAUUGAUUGAUCUACAUCAUCUAUACACACACAUACACAUACAUACAUACAUACAUAUACACAGCCGGCAGUCCCAGCAAAAUACACGUGUAAAGCAUUACACUUCAAUUGUAAAUCAAUGCGGGAUGCUAACAACUAGAAGAUGGAGAAGCAAACGAAACACACACACACACGGUUUAGGUAAUGAAUCCCCUAAGGGAAGCGAGAACGGACGUAUAAUAAUUCUAUUAAUGUAAUUGUUAUUUUAGUAGGUAACUGAAGAUUAAGCAAAACAAACAAACAAGCAAAGUGCGAUGAGAAAGAGGGAGAUUUUUAAUCCAGAGCAUAGGAUAAAGAGAGAGUGAGAGGCAAGAAGUUAGGAACCUCUUCUAAUGCGUGAAACAGAAGAUAAAAAACAAUAUAUGAUAGAUAAGCUGACAGAGAUAGCAAGAGAAGGAGAAGCAAACCGUACUAGUAACCAUUGUUUGUUGAAAUCAUAUACCAUAGUCACACAGUCACGCAGACAGACAGACAUACACACAGUGCGUGUGAACACACACUAACACACACAAUAUUCAUUCGCAGUUCAUCGUGUUUCAUAUUGCUUCGUGUUUCGGUAGAGAUUUUAUUUUGCAAAUUAUUUUUUGUCCACAAAUUUAGUUCCGUUUCAUUGUAUAAUUUUAAGGAGAGAUGUUUUAAUUUUUUUUAUAUAUACAUAUUCAUAUAUUUUAUAUAGAUAUAUUAUGUUUACGCAUUACGGAGCAAAAAAAACCACACAUACACAUACUGGGCCAGGCCUUUUUUUUCCUAGAUUUAGCAAUUAUUUUUGUUGCGCUGAUAGCGCCGAUGAUUUCUGUCAACUCUCUUGCGGGUAGGAUUUACUAUUAUAACUAUUAAUAUUAUUAUUGCUGGGAAAAGUGCACUGUGUAAAAUAUAUGGAUUUGCCAUUCGAACGCUCGCCCCCUCGCGAAGAUGAGAGGACUAGCAACGAGGACCGAUUUUCGUUUUGUUGAUUGUUAGCGCGAGACACACACACAUACACACAGAGAAACAUAUACAUACACACAUACUACACACAUACACAUUCAUAUAGGAGAACUUUCAACGCUGUUGAGUAAGGAUAAGCUAGCAUAUGUGCAUAUAUAAAACGUUAAUACACAAGUCAUAUAUUAGGGUAUUUAAAGGCUGUCGCGUUGGUAAAUGCGAUGGAGGGACGAACAACAAAAAGGAAAAUUUAACCAGGUUAGUUGAUGUUUGGUUUAGGCGGUGGUAUUUUUGAAGAUGAAAACAGAGAAACAUUUUUCUUUAUUUUUAUCUUGAGCCAGACGAAUUGAAAAUUCUCCACCCCCUCUCACGUUUAUUUAUCCAGUUUUUUAAUCGUGAGAUAUACGUUGUAUAUAUCCACAUGUAUAUACGUUUUCACUGACGCCAGCGAGUCGGUUAUUUUCCGUAUAUAAUACUUUUGUUUAGUCCUAAAGUCACUAUUAGACAAAGAAAGGAGCAUGUGCAAAGUCUAUAAUACCUUUAAUCUGUUUUUAUGUUUAAAUGCAACAAUCUGUUAAUGUUAAAAAACCAAAAAGACGUUGUAACCUUGUAACAUUUAACUAGUACUAGUUUUUAAAAGCGAAAUUUAGAACCUUGUAAAACAUGAACACAAACACACACACACACACACACACACACACAUAAACAGGAACACAAACGACACACCACAAUAUCAUCACACGAAACUGUCAAUUCUGUGACACACGCUUUUCCGUUUUGCGUGUCACAAAACAGCAAUCCCAACAAAACACAUCACUACGAACAACGAAAGAUACACACACCAACACACACGCAACGCCUUCUUGUAGACGCCCAUCGUGAUCCAAAGUACAGAGGAACCCCGAUUAACCCGCGAAGUUGAGUGGCAAGGUCACCGCGCAUAACUAGAAUGGCGGAUAACGCAACAAAGAAUUGAAAUUUCAACAUAAGACCUAUGAUCUGUCAAAACGGGAAUCAUUGAACUAUCUAUUUGUUGGAUCGUGUAGGGGAAGACGGGGUAAGACGAACCACUUCUAGUUUUAUAAGAAAUCCUCAGUUUUUUUUGGCAAAUAUGCGAGAAUCGGAAAUACGCAAAAAGCAUGAUUAGCCUUUUUUUGUCGUUUCGAAAUACUUGGCAAAACUUGAGAGCACGAAAUAUCAAAAUUGUAAACAAAACAAAGUUUUCGUCCAUUGCGGUUGCAAGCGAUCUAAUUUUCAAGGCAACCAAAGUAAGGAUUUUUCCAGCAAAAGCUUUGAAUUCAGUUAAUUGUCAGUGUCCCAAUCCUUCAGUAGAUUGUUCCAGUUCUUUCUGCAUUGAAAGGUAUGUAAAAUGUUAUAUAAAAUGCGUGAAAAGUGCAAAAUAAUGCAAAAGGUGCUCUGGGGGGAAAACGGUCCACUUUCGACGGGGUAAAAACGCCAUACGUCAUGAUAUUGAAUGAUUUUCAUAUCAAAUAAAAUACCAUAUUUUUGCUCGUCUCUUUACACACAAAUGCCCUGAAAGUACAUAAGGAAGUGGUCGAAUGAUCGUCCUUAUAGAUUUCGAUAAUUUGGUAAAUUGUCCACGAAUAUUUGCAAAACUCUGCACGUGGAAUAUUGAUGGCUUUUUCAAAAGUUUGUGUGUAAUUUAUGAACAACCCUAAACAUUUAGUACCUUAGACAACGCUGUUCCUGUUAUUUUUACUAGACUAAAUUGUUUGAAAAUAGUAUCGCUCCGUCUCACCCCGUCAUGGUCCGUUUUACCCCGCGGGAGGUCCUUCUUACCCCGCCAGCGAAAUAAAAAGCAAUUUUUUAUCAUUUCACAAAUUAAUGAAAAACGCAAAAAAGUUGUACAAUCAACAGUUAGUAGUAGAUUAUUAGAUAAUCAAUGAUAUGUAGUACAACAAAUAGUGGAAAACCUGAAGGACGUUUACAUGAAAAUUGGAUUUCUUAGGGGGACGGUUUUACCCCGUCUUCCCCUACACCAGUGGCUAGUUAGUGUGAAAGCCAUGGACAAAAAGCACGAGCCAACCAAUCACUGACAAAUUUCGGGAAGGCCUAUGGAACGGCCAUUCACGGAUAAUCCGCACCGCGUAUCAUCCGCUUGCUAGGAUAACCGAAGUUUCUUCUUGGAAUUAUCAAGUCCUGUACAGCUAAGGUAAUAAAACAUCCAUGAAGAUUCAAAUUUCCAAUGUAAAAAUUUAUUUCAUAAUUAUGGCAUAUGGUUGCGUGCUUUCAUGGCCAAGUGGCCGAGCGUCACACACCAUCAUGUCGGGAUCCAGAUUCAAUCCCCGUUCUGGCCGGCGGAUUUUUUAUCAAAGAAAUGUUAAAACUAAAGCGCCAUUUUUGUUUCGAUCAAUCUAUAUGCAUUUUAGCAAACUCGAGGCGAUUUAAAACAAUAUGUGCUGUCAACAAUGGUUUCUUCCAAGGAUCGUGAAUAGUUUGCCUUCCGCCAAUCGUCAUCUGACGGUGUCAGUGUUCACAGCAAAGGCCAGUUCAUUUUCGAUGUUGGAAAACAAGAUUGGAUUAGUCCGUGGCAUCUUUACGAUGUUUCGAUCAAUUCUUUCGGAUGUGCGUCCGUUCUCAGAGUCGCCACUAGGAUUGGGCGAUCUCUAGAAAAAGAUCGAUCUUGAUGGACCGAUUUUCUAAACGGAGUAGGGAUCGAUUCACUGAUUGAAUCGGUACCAAAAACUCGAUCUUUGAAAAAUCGAAUGUCUUUUAUUCAAUUCAUUUACUUAUUCUACACAAGUGUUGUGUUUUCGUUAAAUAUGGGAUACAUAUUUCAUCUUGUAUCGUAAUGGAAUUAUUUAAUUGAAAAACAUAAUUGAAAAUUAUACUAGAAAUCUAACAACUGACAUUUUUCAAAGGUCCACUUACAAUAAUCCCAUAAAAUCUAAGCAUGGCAUUUAAUCGAAAUCUCGGUACUAGUCCCAGUUCUAGGAAAAAAAACGCUGGACCUGAUCUAAUUUCGUCAUAAUUUUCACUGUCAGCCUAGUGAAUGUGAUGGUCUAAAUAUAACUUGUAACCACUUGUUUUGUAAUGCACAAACUUACAAAACUGCUUCUCCUAAAUUUACGACCACUAAUUUAAACACAUUGAAAGGGAUUUUAUAAUUUGUCAAGUGGUUUUUGGUGAGAUUAAAAUGAAUGUUCACUGAAAAACAAAUUUGCAACAAUUUUUAUAUGAUCAAAAAGAUCGGAAAGAUCGAAUAACAAAGAUCGAUUUUCGCGAUUUUUUUGGGUAUGAAGAAUCGAUCCAAAAAAUCGAAAAUCGGAGAAGAAAAGAUCGAUUUUCCAAAUAUCGAUUCAAGAUCGUCCAAUCCUAGUCGCCACUCAUUUUCUGCAAUUCGAGCAAAAUACAUUUCCACGAAAUGGCAAAACUUGCGAAAAAAAAACGAACGAAAAUAAACUUUGAUACAAAAAGUUCUCAGCUGCCAUCAUGUUGAACAGCGCAAAAAGAACGCAACUAAAAAGCUUUUUAAAUAAAUUAUACACUGAACGAAAUUGUAUUGCUGCAAACAAUAUCUAAACGUUGAUGAUAAUGUCAGGCGUUGCUAUUGUUUUGAACACAACUGUACAUGCAGUAAAUUCAACUUCACUUCACACUCACCGGAUGCUUCCUCUUACUUCUGGUCCAUUCCCCUGAUAUUUCAGGCUGUCAUCAGCCGACCAGGCUUCAUUAGGUUACUGUCUCGCGAUUACAGGCCGGCAAACGUGGACUCUCAAAUUCCAAUUGUAAGCACUACUGAACAAGCAACGAGAAAUGAAAGCAGAGAAUUUUGACAAACGGUACCCCUGAAGAAUCAUCACAUAACAGCAAGGAUGUGAGACCAAGGCGUCUAUAUCCAGGUGAAACAAUCAUAUGAAAUGCACUUAAGCCAUAUUGGAAUUGCUGUCGGUAUUGUUUACAAACAGCUCUGGUGAAAAUCUCUACUCGGUCGGAAGAACAGGAAAAUCAUCAGAACGCUGCCAGCGGCUCUCUACAAACUACUACGAUGCUUAUUCGAACGAUGCCUACUAUGUUCGGCUUUCGCGAAUUUAUAUGAAAAAGAAGGGAUGAUUUUGUAGAAUUUCAUUCUCAUCCAGUUCAUCCACUACUCCUCGCAUGUGAAAAUGCAAAAAUGGCGUAUACUAGCAAUAACAAAACAAACAACCCCCGCUCCGCAAACCGUAAUCCCCUUCUUAUUGAAGUGAUGAUGUUGUUUCAACUGUUAUACAUUGAUAUAAGCGCCUUGGACGAGACAAUUCUUUGGACACGAUGUUGGCAGUCAAGCGGACGCGAACGCGUCAAAUCCCUUUCCGAAUUUUGCUGUCGUUAGUUCUCUACACACACACACACAUACAUACACACACACUUCUCUCAAUCCCGUAGUUAAACAGCAGAUCAUCCCAUAAUAUUUAUAGCCAAUUAUCUUUUACAGAUUAGCAACUAGUUCAGUUAACGCAAGAUAAAUUAAAUUUAAAAAAACAUAAAUCACUAGUGAUACGAAGGGGAGAGGCAAAUAGCGCGAAAGGACAGGCGGAGUAAAGUCGGUUAGCUAAAUGUCACAUUAUACAACAGAUUUGAGACGGAAAACAAGUGGAAUAAAAUGGAAAACAUACGGGAUUUAACAAAAUGACUAUUAAAGAGUAAACUAAACGAUUAUGCUACAAAAAAAAAAUGAAAAUACGAGCCAAUCGAAUUUGCAGUUAUUUUAGUUUGUAUGUUUGAUCAAUCAUUCAUUCAUGUUAUUUCAUGUCACGCUUGGCUUUCUAUUGUCGUUUCCUUCGGUUGUUGCUAUUGUUACGCUUGUUUCGAGGUAUGAAGAGCAGGUUACACACGAAUGAAUACACACACACGCAUACGAUGAGCCAGUAGCUGAAACGACAGAAAAUUAAAUUAUAGAAACUCAGACGAAAAAAAAAUGGGCGCAUUCACGUAUUUAAAACGAAGUGAGGAAUCGUUACCGCGUCGUCGCGGAAGCCUAUUUGCAACACAGAUAGUACAACAAUUACCGACAUUAAAGGGCAACAAAAAAAAAGAGAAGAUCGAGGAUUGGAAACUCACAAAACUAGACGGACUCCGUUUCCCUGGCGAUUUCUUGACUCCUACCUUUUUGAGUUACCAUGGUUUGGAUAGUUUUCUGAUGGCGUUCCACAACCGCACGCUUUGUUAAUCCACAUCCACCCAUCCCACUACUAACUAGUUUUGUAGACGUUAAAAGAAAGACCCUGAACAAGAAGAGCUCAUCGAGGGGGUAUCAAACCCCUCCGGAUCGGUAAGUUCAGCUCGUGUUUCCAUCCGAAAUUAGCUAUAUCUAUAGCUCUUAAAGUACACAAGUACGCAAAAACCUACACAAACCCGCAGACACAGUGAAACCGUAGUAGUGAAAGUUGUUUAUAUUCAAAUGAGAAAAUAAAAGUUGUGAUGGUAGACAAUUCUAUUGCUGUUAAUUGUUGGAUUAUAAAAAGUACACACCAUAGGGUAAGAAUACAUACAUAUAGGGUAUCAUCUACACACGUCUGGUUUUUUUAAUACAUACCCCGCGUUUGAGGUCCUCAAUCAAACCAGCCAGGAACCAUUUCGAUUUCGACCAGGCUUCUGAUUUCGUUCCGUCGUCAUUUCAGCAUUAUCGCGAGUUUUAAAGUACCUUUAAUACGUGUAGAUGAACAAAAGAAGAAAAAUAAAUCCAAUUCGUACAUUGAAAACGGUCAACUUACAUACUAAAUGCAUGCGUAACAAUUUAAAACAAACAAAAACUUUAGGACAUUUUAUAAGUUGAACUGCACACUCUCUAAGCAAAACAAAAAUAAGGAAAUCUAAAUAGAAUAAAAGGCAACAAAGUGCGUUUGAAGACUAGGAAAGGAGAGUCCGUUGAGCAGCAAAUUGGUACACAUUCAUGUAUUUCGUCCAAAAGCUCUCCCAGUCCGCUCUGUCUUUGCAUCCUUAUCACUGAAAUAAACCAAGAUGAAUUCAAAGCGUGAAGCAGAGCACAAAAACGUGUGCGUUGCUGAAUUCCUCAUAUGCAAAACAUAAAUAUAUUUACGGGAGUGUAGGUAUUGCAUUACAAUUAAAACAAGACAAAAGCAAGGAAUGAAUAAAAAGAAAUAUCACGACAAAAAUAUAGCGAAUAAAAUCAAAUUAAAUAACAAGUAAAACUGCAUUUGCAGAAGGAUAAAAAAGUAUUUUUAUAGCGUAACAGGCAAAGGAAAAAAUCAUUCAAUAAACAAACAAGAAAAAAAAACUUCAACUCUUUGUAUCCCCUCUUUAUAAGAACAAAACAAACAAACAAAAACUCUUGUGACUAUUUAUAUUUAUAAGGGCGCGAGGAGAGGCGGAAAUGAUUUCGAAAACGACACGAAUUGCAAACGGAAUUAGAGCCGAAAGCAACAAAAAUCCGAUGUUCAAACUAUUUGCAAAGAUUAUCCAUCUCACUUUCACCUAUUUAUUUCCCUUCAAAGCAUAUUACGCAAAAGAAAGCCCGUUGUUAAAGAUAGACAAUACUUAGAUGCUCCCGCUCUCAUUCCCUUGCGGGAUGCGGAAUAGGUUCAAUCAAAUCAUAGUCAAACUUAUCUUUCACACUCAAACACACACAAUGUUGAUAGUUAAAAAGAAAAGAAAAUAAUUUCUCACCACACAGACACUAGUUUUCUACUACAACAAUCUUAACAAGUUCGCAGCGUUUUCCUCUGGAGAAACAGAACAUCUGGUGGUAUACACUCAGAUUCAUAGUAUAAAUAUAUAAAUAAAUAUAUUUAACAAAAGAAAAUUGCACCAUUUCAGCAAAGAAAAAGAAAGAAUGGUAACAAACACGAUUAAGACUCUUCCUGUCAUCCCUUUCAUGUUGUUUUUUCUCAUUAAAAUGAAUAUAGAGAAUUAAUUAAAACAAAAAAAAAGUACAUGAAUAGAUAGAGCGAAAAUGUUUUUAGGAAUGAGAAAUAAAACGUUGUUUAUAUAACGAAUAAAUAAAAAACGGUUGAAAAAAAAUAAUUGUAAAAAACAAAUUUUUAGCAUACCAGAAGAGAGAAAAUAUUCAUAGAAAAAAGGUAAUGUGAAUAGACAAGCUAUUUAUAAGUGAGCAACAACAAAAAAUUAUCAACUAACCAUAAACCUUAAACAGUUACCGUUUAAAGAAAUCUUUUAAAAUACAACACAAUAGAAAAAAAAAGCAAGAAAAUCACCAAACCUUUUGUUUUGCUCCGUUACUCAUCACAUCCUACCCCCUUUGGCACAGUUCACAUCAUCACCCCCACCACCAGCAUUCGCAACGCAUCACAAUUCGGCACAGCUUGUUUGUUGUUAGCGCACCUCUACAUGGCAAAAAAAAUUGAAAACAAAACCUUCAAUGAAAAAAUAGCAGCCUUUAUGACCCCCAAAUUUCAUCGCCUACUAUGAACCUUUGAACAUGUUGAUUCAGUUCGCUUCCUCCUUACACACUUUCACACGCACCCAACAACCAGCAGCAGCAACAUCAGUAGUUGAACAGAAGAAGUACGCGUCCGCCAUUCGUCUCUUAGAGCUGAAGGGCUGUAAACAACAGCAUGAGGGAAAAGAGAAGAAAACAAAAUAAGUCUAAUAUAAAUGAAAUUCUAUCCGUCAAACAAGAAGCAAAAUCAUAUUUAUACAACCAUUACACGCAUACAUACAGCCAUACACACGCAGGCAUGCAUAUUUAAACUAGUAAGAGGAAAAAGAAUAAGACAAAACGCGUGCGAUCGACCGAACGUUGAGAGAACUGGGAGGAAGGGAAAUUAGUUCAAUUACCAGAAAAAAAAAUUAAAUUAUAGAACGAAACAAAUAAGGCGGAGAUGCGAUGACGUCGACGACGGAUGUCGAAGUCAGUAAUGGAGAAUGCAAAACCGAACCUGAAUUUAGAAAAAAAAAAACAUAGACUAAGAGAGGGGUAAUUCAAACAAAACAAAAAUCCGACGAAAAAUGAAUUGGGGAUUAGGGAAAAUAUAGUAGGGAUAAAGUGGGAUUAUGAAUUAGAAGUUGAUAGACCAGUUAAAUAGAUAAUGAUGCAACAUAAGGUAAAAAAGUCGACAGAGAGAUAAAGAAAUAAGAGAGACAGAGAGUAUGGGGGAAAAUUUGUUAAAUAAUGUUUAAUAUUUAAAUAUCAAAAAUGCAAAUUAUAUCGAAAAAUAAAAGGUAACAAAACAUUCGAAACUUU